UAUGCCCCUCUCUCUCCCCUCGGCCCCGCAAUCGCAACAAACACAAUACCUCUCCGUCCGUUGAUCCCCUUCCGCCUUCUCUCACCUUUUUCCGUUCAAACGCCCAAACCCCUCCGGCCCAGAAAACCCAAAGCCCCAAUCUUUCUUCCCCUACAAAAAUGGACCAUCAUCACCUCCAACAGCUUCACCAACAGCAACUCCUCCAAGCCCAACACCAACACCACCACCACCAACAACACUUCCAACCCCCACAACAACCACACUACCAUUACAAUACCAAUACCCACCAAUCUUACUACCCUCCUCAAUAUCAAUACCCACAACAACAACAACUACAACUACAACAAAAUGGUUAUCACCCAUCAAACUAUACCAAUCUCUAUCCCCAGCAGGCUUAUCCCCAGUCGGCAGUGCCUCGACGACCUGAGCUUCCGGUCCCGCCAGCGGUGGCUGUGCUGUCUCGUUUGGUGCGAUACUCAGGGGCUGUGGGGUCUCAAUGGAACACUCCACCAAUGGUUGGCCAACCUCCAUAUAGGGGUAUCGGUGAAGGGGGUGGUGAACUAUUCAGAGGACAUCAAGGAAAUUUUGGCUACAGCGGAGCUCACCCAUCUUUCAUUGGGGGAUCACAUGGUCGAGGUAGGGGUGGUUCUUGGCUUUUAGUGGAACAUGGUGUCCCUUCAACAUCUUUUCAUCCUCCCCAUCAGACAUACCAAUCUCCGGUGACGCUGACACCUCAGAAGUCGGAAUCUGCAUCAGCACUGAAAACGGAAGUUCCAAACUACCAAAAACCUCAAGUUGCUCAAAAAACCACGGUUACUUGGUGUGAAGUUUGUAAUGCUUCAUGCGCUAAUUUGGACGUUCUUAAACAGCACCAAAAUGGAAAGCGACAUCAAAGGAACCUGAGAAAAAUGGAAAGGUUGAAAAAUGGUAUCAGAACAGUGGCCAAAUUGCAGGGCCAACAGCUUUGCACUUUUAAUACAAAGCUUGAAGUGCCUCAUCAGACUCAGUGUGAACAAGACGAUGAAGAGAAAAACACAACAGAGAAUAUACCAUACGAACCUGUUGGCUAUGAAAAUUCAAGGGAAACUGGAAAACAAAAUAAGAACCCCGGACAGCCUGAAAUUCCACCAGGUGAUGCGUCUGACAAUGUGAAGCGUGGUAAGAAGCGCAAGAAAACGAAAACUCCGAAGCACUCAGUCGAACCUUCCAAACGUAAAGUUGUAAUUCCGAUAGUUUGUGACUUGUGUAAUGUCAAGUGUGAGAAGCAGGCUUUUUUCGAUCGCCAUCUUUCAGGAAAGAAGCAUGUUGCCAAGUAUAAACGAUUUAAAGGCCAUGAAGCUAUGCAUCGACCCGUGGGGCUUCAAGUUCUAUACCCCCCUAACCCAUUGGCUGAAACUAUAUUCCAACCCCAAGAAGGAAGAUAUAUACCUCCCCAUGUGUACCAAGAUAUACAGGUGGAAACAAGUUCAGAUCCCCAAUUUCAACAAAAUCCAACCUCUGAAGGAUCUGAAUCCAUUCUUGGAUGUGGAAGCUCUAGUACCAUUACAACAGCUCUAGAAACCAACAUCACAACAGAACCGGAAAUCAGCCAAGAAGCUACCAUUGAGGUCCAACAUUUGAAUAGUAUUUCAGAGACUGGUCAGGGGUCCAAUACUUUUUCACAGGACUGUUAAGAGCUCAAAGAUGGGAAGAUAUGAAAAGAGGGGCAUGAUUGUACUAUGUUAAUAUCUGAAGAGCUUGGUUUGAUACUUCGAUAUACAAGAGAUGAAGAGAGUCCCCUGACUAAUAAAAGAAGAAUCCCAGUUUUGAACUUUGAUGGGCUCAAGACCUGACAUGCAGUAAAUGGUGAAGCCACAAAGUCAAAAGUCAUCUGUUUCCAAUCUUUUCAUGCUUAUGGUAAGGUUCAGAGAUUUCUUCUCUCUCACUCAAAACCUUCACGGUUUCACUCAGCACUCCUCCACAUCUUAUGCAUAAUUAAUGAAGUACAGUCUUUUCAUCUGGAACCGUCAUUACUCCAUUCUUAUCAAAUAAUGUUGAUGGUGAAGGCAACAUUACCUAUCCUCCUUGAUUAAAAAAACAUUACUUAAGCUCUGUAUCCAGGUUCCAAAGCAAUUUAUUUUCCCAACACAAUUGGAAAAUAUUCUCUCUUGGAUAUUAAUCAGAAGGCUAAGUACCUGCUUUAUUAAGGACACACUACUACAGUCUAUACAAGAUAGGGCAAACAAUUCAGGAAGGCUCAUUGCUUCUUCUCUUUUGCUGAGACUUCUUUUAGAGCUAGAUAGAGAAAGAGAGAGUUUCAAGUUUCAUUCAUGGCUGCUGAUCACCCCGAAAAUCUCAACAAGCUCAUCGAAAAUAUUUCAGAUGACCUCGAAAACUUCAACCUAAGCCACUUCCUUCAAAGUAAGUUGUUGGUCAAGGAGUUAAAGGAGCUGGUUGGGCCUCAAGUAAUUACCAUUCGUGAAGGAAUAGCUGAUUUUGAGAAAGAAAAGGCUGAGCUCGGAGAGGCUCUUAAUAGAAUUAAAACAAGGGCUGAAUGGAUGGAGAAUGUGAUGAAGCAGUUCAAGGAUGAACUAGCUGCAUCUCAGCUUGAGCAUUUGGUGGUUUUUGAAAUGUACUUGAUACACGAUUUUGAGGCUGAGCUCAAAGAGGCUGUGAAUGGACUAAAAUCAACAACUGAACCUAGGGGAGAUGGUUUUGGCAAGGAUCUGAUAAUGAAGUUUUUUGCGAUACAGCUUGAGUUUCAGAGAAGUCAGAAUGAGCUUAAAGAGAUUGUUAAAACACUAGAAAUAAGGAAUGAAUGGGCGGAGAAUACGAUGAAGCAGAUUGAGGAACUAAAAACAAGGAUUGAAUGGGUGGAGAAUGCGUGCAUCUGAGAUUGCUAGAGAUAUAACCGAGUCUGAGGGAAAAUGUCCUGUUAUGUGAAAUGGUGUCUCGGCCUGCUUCUGUAUAUAUCCAUCCCCAUCACCCCCUAAGUUAUUUCCUUUGACCCUUUUUACUUUUCAAGUUUGUAAGACAUAAAGGGAUUAGUUCCCAAACUGCCUUGUUAUUUUCUUGAGUUAGGAUUUGUGGCUACCUAAAUUUCAGACUGGUUUUGGACAUGUGAACUUGUAUUACGUUAGGGUGAUAUGCUGAGGAAAAUUUCUAUUUCA